AUGUCGUCGCCACCACCUCCGUCGUCCUAUAGCAACCUCUUCCCAGGAGGCCAUAUCAAGAUAAAACAUGUCCCUGCUUCCUCGCCCACUCCCACGCCAGUCCUUCUCCUGAUCCUCAACCGUCCCGACAAGCGUAAUGCGUUCACAGGCCUCAUGCAGCAACAAAUUUCGGCUUUCUACGCCCUAAUUGAGCACGACGUCCGUGUCAAGUGCGUCGUCCUGAUGGGCGCAGGCGACAAAGCUUUCUGCGCGGGCGCCGACCUCGAAAUAGGUUUCCUAGGAGGCGCCUCAAAAACCGGCGCCGCCACCGCCCAAAACGCCAAGAAGGAGCGCGACGUCGACCACCGGGACGGCGGCGGCAAAGCCUCUUUAGCCAUCUACCACAGCUCUAAGCCCACCAUCGCGGCCAUCAACGGAGCCGCAGUCGGCGUCGGCAUCACGAUGACUCUGCCUUGCGCAAUACGUGUGGUCUACAAGAAGGCCAAAGUCGGGUUCGUGUUCAGCCAGAGAGGGCUGAUUAUGGAGGCCGUGUCGUCGUUCUUCUUGCCGCGACUUAUUGGCACAUCGCGGGCGAUACAUCUCACGACUACGGGGUCAGUAUACGAGGCAUCGAACCCGCUGUUUGGGCAUUUGUUCUCGGAGACGUGCGACACGCCGGAUGCGACAGUGCAGCGUGCGCUUGAGAUUGCGGAUCAGGUUGCUAAGCAGACCAGCACGAUCUCGACCAAGCUGAUGCGGGAUCUGAUGUAUCGUGGCCCUACUACGGCGGAAGAGACGCAUUUGUUGGACUCCCGCGUCAUCUUCGGACUUUUUGGAGGGAAAGACAACCUCGAGGGAGUGAAGUCGUUCUUCGAGAAACGACCAGGCAAGUUCACUGGCCAAUUCCCGGAGGAUGCCCCUGCCGCUUACCCAUGGUGGGCGCCGGUGGACUUCAGAGAGCCAGCAAGGGGUGGACAUACAAGCAAGCUGUAG